AUGGAUCCUAACGACCUUUCUUAUAUUAAUUCCCAAAAUUCACAAGACACUUUGCAAGAAACUUCUGAUAAUAAUAUAGUAUCCUCAAGUACUGAUGUUGCCGUAAUUUCCAAAAAUAAAAAAACAUCCGCAGUUACACCAUAUUUUAUAAACAAACCGGGUGAUAAUACUACGGCUAUUUGUGUUAUUUGUAAAAAUACCUAUAGCAAAAACACAGCUACAGAUAAAAUUAUUGAUACUAUUAAAUUAUAUAUUGCAAACACAUCAAGUUCUUCAUUUCUUAAAAAUGCUGCAACUCAAAUAUUAGAAAAAAUUGAACAAUAUAUAGUUCAUAUAUAUGAUGAGGCUAUAUUUAUAAAUCUGCAAAUAUAA